UCCGAGCCUGUGGAGCGAUUAAACCGUGCGCGGAGCUGCUUCUUUGGCGGCAGCGGCGGCGGCGGAAGCCGGUGCGGGUGCGCGGAGCUGGCUGGGGACGCCGGGUGGCCGGAGCGGUGGAGCGGCGGCGGAGCGAGCGCUGCGGGGGGUGUGGCGCGGAGAAUGAUUACAGACCUGGGUCCAAAGAACAAGAUGCAGUAGCGGACAGAUUGCUGACCAGAGGCUUGAGAUCUGAGUUCUGUUUUCCCUGCUCAAACUGACUUUGCAGCCACGGAGAGGGUACAAAGUGGUAUGAUUCCGGGGUACUUGAAGCCACAAGAUAAACAUGACUCAUCUUCUUGGAGCUUCAGUUGUGCUCACUGAGGGGGCGGUGAGUUAAGUAAUUUAACGGGAAGGGGAAAUGGAAGGUGAGGCGGUUGAAGCCAUUGUGGAAGAGUCUGAAACUUUCAUUAAAGGAAAGGAGAGAAAGACUUACCAGAGACGCCGGGAAGGGGGCCAGGAAGAGGACGCUUGCCACCUUCCCCAGAACCAGACUGAUGGUGGUGAGGUGGUCCAGGAUGUCAAUAGCAGUGUACAGAUGGUGAUGAUGGAACAGCUGGAUCCUACCCUUCUUCAGAUGAAGACUGAAGUCAUGGAGGGUGCAGUCGCUCCAGAAGCAGAGGCUGCCGUGGACGAUACCCAGAUUAUAACCUUGCAGGUUGUAAAUAUGGAGGAACAGCCUAUCAACAUAGGAGAGCUUCAGCUUGUACAAGUACCUGUUCCUGUGACUGUACCUGUUGCUACCACUUCAGUAGAAGAACUUCAGGGGGCUUAUGAGAAUGAAGUGUCUAAAGAGGGCCUUGCAGAAAGUGAACCUGUGAUAUGUCACACCUUACCUUUGCCUGAAGGGUUUCAAGUGGUAAAAGUGGGGGCCAAUGGAGAGGUGGAGACCUUAGAGCAAGGGGAACUUCCACCUCAGGAAGAUCCUAGUUGGCAAAAAGACCCAGACUAUCAGCCACCAGCCAAAAAAACAAAGAAAACCAAAAAGAGCAAACUGCGUUACACAGAGGAGGGCAAAGAUGUGGAUGUGUCUGUGUAUGAUUUUGAGGAAGAGCAGCAGGAGGGUCUGCUGUCAGAGGUUAAUGCAGAGAAAGUGGUUGGUAACAUGAAGCCUCCAAAGCCAACAAAAAUUAAAAAGAAAGGUGUAAAGAAGACAUUCCAGUGUGAGCUUUGCAGUUACACAUGUCCACGGCGUUCAAAUUUGGAUCGGCAUAUGAAAAGUCACACUGAUGAGAGACCACAUAAGUGCCAUCUCUGUGGCAGGGCAUUCAGAACAGUCACCCUUCUGAGGAAUCACCUUAACACACACACAGGUACUCGUCCUCACAAGUGCCCAGACUGUGAUAUGGCCUUUGUGACUAGUGGAGAAUUGGUGCGGCAUCGUCGUUACAAACACACCCAUGAGAAGCCAUUUAAGUGUUCCAUGUGCGAUUACGCCAGUGUAGAAGUCAGCAAAUUAAAACGUCACAUUCGCUCUCACACUGGGGAGCGUCCUUUCCAGUGCAGCUUGUGCAGUUAUGCCAGCAGGGACACAUACAAGCUGAAAAGGCACAUGCGAACCCAUUCAGGGGAAAAACCUUAUGAAUGUUAUAUUUGUCAUGCACGGUUUACCCAAAGUGGUACCAUGAAGAUGCACAUUUUACAGAAGCACACAGAAAAUGUGGCCAAAUUUCACUGUCCCCACUGUGACACUGUCAUAGCCCGAAAAAGUGAUCUGGGUGUCCACUUGCGAAAGCAGCAUUCCUACAUUGAGCAGGGCAAGAAAUGCCGGUACUGCGAUGCUGUGUUUCAUGAACGCUAUGCCCUCAUCCAGCACCAGAAGUCACACAAGAACGAGAAGCGCUUUAAGUGUGAUCAGUGUGAUUACGCUUGUAGACAGGAGAGGCACAUGAUCAUGCACAAGCGCACCCACACUGGGGAGAAGCCUUAUGCCUGCAGCCACUGCGACAAGACCUUCCGUCAGAAACAGCUCCUUGACAUGCACUUCAAACGCUAUCAUGACCCCAACUUUGUCCCUGCGGCCUUUGUCUGUUCUAAGUGUGGGAAAACAUUUACACGUCGGAAUACUAUGGCAAGACAUGCGGAUAAUUGUGCUGGUCCAGAUGGUGUAGAAGGGGAAAAUGGAGGAGAAACGAAGAAGAGUAAACGUGGAAGAAAGAGAAAGAUGCGUUCUAAAAAGGAGGACUCCUCUGACAGUGCUUUUACAUUUAGGAAGCUGGUCUAGAUUUGAGCAGUGAAUCUAAUGGACAUGAAGAAGGUUGCUUAAGCAUCCUGACCAACUUCUGGUUUGACUGCCUGUGUCAGCCUAGCCUUGAGAUGUGUUGAUCAAAUCCAUGAAGGUCAGCCUUUCUCUUCCUACCUUAAUCUCCCCAUUUAUAAUUUAAAACUUUGCCAAUUUUCCUAACAUUGAUGUUCUUUGGGGUGUUAGUCAUGAAAUCCAGGCAGAAGGUAUAUGUGUUGAGGCGCUAAACUCAUGCAGUGGGGUGGAGAGCAAGAGUGUUGGUAAUGUAGGAGUCACAUUUGAUGAGACAAACUCAUUCCAAAGUGUGAGGUUUUAUAAUGUGGAUGCUUGGGUUACUGGCACCUAGUUGAGAAGGCCCAUCCAUGGCUUCAGUGUUUGAGACUUGUGGAAAAGGGUGCAGAGGAGUUCUGUUUUGGGGAAGGUGCGUACAGAUGAUGCCUGAUGGAUUUCUGAGAAGCUCUAAGUUUGUCUUCCAUGUUGCUUUGUCAGAAAUAGUGGGAAAGGAAAGGAAAUUUCUGAAAACUGAAUAUAUGUAUCACUUUAUUGGUUUUAUUAUAAAAGUUGUUCGUGAAAAUACUAGGUCUUUUAUAUUUAAAUAUAUAAGAAAGUCCCUUUUGGUUUUUUAUCUUAAUAAAGCCUUCACUUUUCUAUUCAGAACUUUUUAUGGGGGAAUAUUCAUCUAAGCAUAAGAGUAAUUUAAUUUUUGCUGCCUUCUCUAGUGGAAAAUCUUGGGUUUUAAGUGAAUGCCUCCUUUAAAAUGUCACUUUGCUUAAUUUUCUUUUUUCACUUUGUUUAAUUUUUUGUUGUUGUUGUUUAAUUUUUAUAAAAGCACAUCACACUCUACUGAGAAUCAUUGUGGAAUCCCUUUGGUAAAGAAAUUGAGUGGACUGUUGGAGGUGCCAAGUAAUGUCAGUGGGCCUCAAGAACCAGCAGAGAUGCCCAGAUAAACUUGAGCUUCAGGACACCUGCAGUAGCUCUUGGCUGCCGAACCUUCUCCAGCCACAGACAUGCCUUUUUUCUCAUGGCACUGCCAUGGUCACUUCUGUGGUUCAUCUCCCAGCUAGACCAGCUCCACUCUCCUAAUUGUACUUUUACCAGAAUCAGCUGCACAGUUUAAUGAGAGUUCCUAAUAGGUUUCUAUGGUUCCUCCUUUCGUCUUCUGCACUGGAGAAGACAGAAGGAGGAGUUGCACGGCUUUGUUUGGGGCCUGUUGUCUCUUUAUCCCAGAAUGUUUGGACUGGUGACGGCCAGAAUCAUAUAUGUUCCCUCCCAGAAGUUCUGCCUGUUGGUCAUCGAGAGAAAUUGACCACCAGAGUCUAAUACUAUUUUCAAGGCUUUUAACCAAAAUCUCUCCAAUCCAGUAAGCUUUUGACCCUAUUAACUUUGUGUGCUUCUCCCCCUGCCCCCUGCUUAGUUCUGACUGAAUUUGUUUAGCUUUCUAGGCGUUGGGCCAACUUAGGCAAUAGGGGACUUGAAUAAGUUCAGCAGGGAAGCAUGUCGUUCUUGACACGCUGCCACGUACCAGUACGUUCCCCACAUUUUCACUUAGGAUUUCAGUCACUUGACAAGGCUUUUUGUCCUGAUGAUCAGGCAUUUACCCACAGAUUUCUAAAUUUAAACAUUUGGUGUGAGCAAAAGAGAAUGUGCUUGUAACCUGUGCUUCUUGGAGGAAGGCAGGCAGGAUAUCUUUUGUGCCAUGGCAGUGGGGGAGGGGUAGCAAGAGCUCUUCAGUUGCCUACAGGUGUGGGCAGCAGAACACCCCUAAACUGUGGUUAGUUGUGCCUUAUAAAUCACUUUAGUUUCUCCGUUUCUAUAAAAUGAGGGUAAUACCUCUUACUUAAUGAAGCCUAUAUGGAAUAAUGGAGAAUUUUUAUAAACUCUGAUGUCUAGUGUAAAAAGCAUCUGUGAUGAUGUGGUAGAAUGUAAGUUGCAGAGCACAAUUACAGGCGUUAUCUCUUUGUGAUCCUUGAGAGUGCUUUAGAGAUUACACAAGGAAACUGAGGUUCAGUGUGGUUAUCAUCCCAGGUCACACACUUAGGAGAUCUGAGACUCAAAACUGUAUUAUCAGGCUCUUCAUCAGUGUUCUUUCUACAAUAGUUCCCUCUCCUUUUACGUGGUAAUUGCUUUAGGGAGAAGGUAAGGGAGUUAGGAGGACCUACUAGGUUUGGGGCAGCUGGGAAUUAAAUUCCAAAAUUUGACCUCAACACUUUUCCUAGUAAAUGGGGACUCACGGUGCUUCAAGAACUUUAUACACACAAACACACACACAUCUUCCACCACUCUUCAGGGGUCCAUCUCAGGCUUUGUGUCCUGUUUUAUCUGUGUAUAGUAGGUAGAGGGAACAUUUGUUUCAUUUUCAGCUUAAAACACCACUUGGCGGGGACGUUUAUAUAACUGGCGUAAGCUGGAGUUGCCUUUAAGAAUUUGAAGCUCAAUAUUUUGAUAUCUAAAGCCAAAAGAAUAUCCAGUCCACAUAAAAUAUGAAUAAUGGUAUCCAAGUUGAUUUGCUUAUUAACUUAGCAUUAAUAUGAGCUUACUUUGUUUAGUGCUGAAAACAAAAAUUCCAGUGAAAUGGAAUUUUUAAAUGGGCUGUUAACGAUGAAAAUAAAUAUUUAACUAGACUUCACAGGAUACAUGAUUAUUUGUGUGUUGCUUUUCCUUCCACCACUCGUCUCCUUGCCCCACCACCUCUUCUUCCU